ACGCGGGGAGAGAGACAGAUGGAGAAAGUGAAAGAAUCCUGAGGAGAGCAAACGCAAGACGAAGAACACCAAGAGAGGAGCUUAUAGCAGUGAUAGAGGGAGAGGAAGAGACAGAAAGAGUGAGGAGGAGGAGUGGAUGGUAGAGAGCCGGAGACACAGCGCGCCGGAGGGAGAAAGAUGGCCUCGGUAACGGCGGAGAAUGGCUUCAGCACCGCGAACAGCUCCGGUAGAAUGAACGGACUCAACAGCGCGAUUCCCAUGAAAGAUCACGACGCCAUCAAGCUCUUCAUCGGUCAGAUCCCGCGAAACCUGGAGGAGAAAGACCUCAAGCCUCUGUUCGAGGAGUUCGGAAAGAUCUACGAGCUCACGGUGCUCAAGGACCGGUUCACCGGGAUGCAUAAAGGAUGUGCCUUUCUAACGUACUGUGCCAGAGAGUCAGCGCUGAAGGCCCAGAGCGCUCUCCACGAACAAAAGACUCUACCCGGGAUGAACCGGCCCAUCCAGGUGAAACCGGCCGACAGUGAAGGACGAGGAGAAGACCGGAAGCUGUUUGUGGGCAUGCUGGGGAAGCAGCAGAGUGAAGAAGAUGUGCGGCGGCUGUUCGAUUCGUUUGGCCAGAUAGAGGAGUGCACCGUGCUGCGGGGGCCUGAUGGGGCCAGUAAGGGCUGUGCUUUUGUGAAGUUUUCCAGUCAUGCAGAAGCCCAGGCUGCGAUUAACAGUCUCCACGGCGGACAGACGAUGCCGGGCGCGUCCUCCAGUCUGGUGGUGAAGUUUGCAGACACCGAUAAGGAACGGACCCUGCGCCGGAUGCACCAGAUGGCCGGUCAGCUCGGCAUCUUCAGUCCCAUGACCAUCCAGUUUGGAGCGUAUGGAGCUUACACACACGCUCAGAUCCUGCAGCAGCAGCAGCAGCAGCAGCAGGCGGCGCUCAUGGCAGCGACGCAGGGAUCCUAUCUCAACCCGAUGGCUGCCAUCGCCGCCGCUCAGAUGCAGCAGAUAGCAGCUUUCAACGUCAAUGGCCUGGUGGCUGCACCCAUGACGCCGUCUUCAGGCGCCAGCACUCCACCAGGCAUCAGCGCCAGCGCUGUGCCCAGCAUCGCAGCUCAGAUCGGGGUGAACGGCUUCAGCGCACUCCCUCCCCAAACCAACGGACAGCCCUCCUCCGAACCCAUCUACACCAACGGCAUCCACCCGUACCCAGCACAGAGCCCGACGGUGGCCGAUCCUCUCCAGCAGGCGUAUGCCGGCGUGCAGCACUAUGCAGCAGCCUAUCCUGCCGCUUACGCGCCAAUCAGCCAAGCGUUUCCCCAGCAACCAGCCAUCAUCCCCCAGCAACAGCGGGAAGGACCGGAGGGCUGUAACCUGUUUAUUUACCACCUGCCGCAGGAGUUCGGCGACGUGGAGCUCAUGCAGAUGUUUCUGCCCUUUGGCAACGUCAUUUCCGCCAAAGUCUUCGUGGACCGGGCCACCAAUCAGAGCAAGUGUUUCGGAUUCGUCAGCUUUGAUAACCCGUCCAGCGCUCAGGCAGCCAUUCAGUCCAUGAACGGCUUUCAGAUCGGCAUGAAGAGGCUCAAAGUUCAGCUGAAGCGACCGAAGGACGCCAACCGGCCAUACUGACGCUGAUCGACCGCUGCCACCUUCACUCACAGGAUGAAGGACUACGACCCCUUAUUUCCACAAGUGCAGUAUCAAAAGACUUUUGCUCAGCUACAUAUCACGGGAGGCGAGCGGUCCCUGGGUUUUGCCGGAAAAUCACUGAGAGCUGGAAAAACUGGAGGAUUUUUUUCUGCCAACUUUCUUCUUUUUUCGCUUCGGCAUUUGCAGGAUGCUUUUUUUGCAUUUUGCAGAGACCGACUUUUUUGCUGCUGUUUUUUUUAGAUGAGAUUGAGAAAAAAAAAAAAACCUUUAUGAACACAUUAUGCUCAAAGCAUGCAUAAACACACACACACACACACACACACACACGUCUGCUGAGACCUUCAGAAUACCCUCGCCUUUACAUGCACACAAAACUCUGUUGAAAUCCUCAUGUAAAUGUAUUGAUCUCCACACACACACACACACACACACACACACACACACCAGCCUGCUGCCAUUUUUGGUUUUCGUGCCUACACUGGUAUCGCGUGAUCUGCGCUCUGGACGAGAAUCCAGGAAUAUCUACAUGCAUCAUUCCUUAGAAAAUAGGGACCAAAGGACUACACGCUUUUUAAAAGAUAUAAAUAUAUAUAUAUUUAAAAAAUCAAAAACUCUUACCUUGUAGCUGCAAGUAUAACGAUUACUAAUGUUAACAGUAGAAGAACGUAAAUCUGUAGGUCAGGCGGCCAAAACGUUUGCUCUGGUAGCUGUUUCUUGCACCGACGUAGAUUAGAAAUGUAGAAUAUAGGAGUAGAGUUGCUCAUUUUUCAUGUUUUGUAUUUAUUUUUAUUAGCGAAGAUAAUACUUGAACUUGUACAGAAGGAAGGAAGAUGUGCAGAAAGCUUUCCGGCCGCUGGAUCGUAUCGUUCAUCGUGUCGCGCUCUUUCUUCAUUCCACCAUUCGACGGAGAGACAAGCGGAACAGAUCCGGUAUCCCAGAAGCCUUUGUGUUCGUGUGACAAUCCACAGACGAUCGGACGUGGCUUUUUUGUACUCGGAGAGAAAGAUCGGACGUCGCUCGUCUCUGAACUUCAGACUUUAAUGAGACGAAACGGAGGAGGACGAGGAGGUCGAUAGCUACAAAAACUGCCAAAUGAACCACAAAAUGUUUUUGAUUGACGCUUGUGAUCUCGCUGCACAUCUAUCAGACGUGAUCUGUGCUGAAAUCCAGUGGAAAUCUAGCUGUAAUCAGAUGAACUGAUCAUAUCGCUCACAUUCACGCAAGCCACAGUUACGCUCGGUUGGUACACUGCAAAAAAUCAUUUCUUACUUAGUAUUUUUGUCUUGUUUUCUAGUAUAA